AUGCUCUUCACAACCACCAUCGCAAGCUGCCUUCUCGCAGCCUCCGUCUCAGCCACAAGCCUCCAAUGGCACUGGCUCAACAACCCCGGCGUCCAGCCCGUCUCCCCCAUUGGCCACUCCAUCACCAUCCAAGUGCCCCCCGACACCGACGUCUGGCGCCCAGCCACGCACAAGAACAACUUCACAGCGCCCUACCUCUACACCACCAUCGCCACCGCGCGCUUCUCCAGCGUCCAAGUCACCGUCACCGCACCCUGGAAGACGCUCUACGACCAGGGCGGCAUCGUGCUUGCCUUUCCCAACCGCGAAAACCCCAACGCCACGCGCUUCAUCAAAGCCGGCAUCGAGUUCAACGACGGGGCUCCCGCGCUGGGCGUCGUGGCAACGGAUAUUCUGUCCGACUGGAGUCUGAGCCCCAUCACGGAGAAGCAGACGACGACGAACGCGGAGGCUACUAUCUUGGUGGAGAGGCAGGAUACGGAUGCGUGGGUGUAUGUGCUUGAGAAUGGGGGACAGACGAGGCGGGCGCUGAGACAGGUGACUUGGGCGUUUAACGAGGAUGAUGAUCAGGGACUGGCGAAGGAGGUUGAGGUUGGCAUUUACGGCGCGAAGCCGACGGAGGAGUCGGGCGCGGGACAUGCGCGGGAUAAGAUUGCUGUGACAUUUUCGGAGUUUGCUCUCAAUCUUGUGUAA